AUGAGGAGGUUAAAACAAGAGCUAUCAGUUUCUUUAUUGGAAGAGGAAAAAUUCUGGAGGCAAUGGAGCAGAGUGGAAUGGUUAAAGGAGGGGGACAGAAACACAGUGUUUUUCCACAAUGAAGUCAGAGGAAGACGCCUAAAGAACAAGGUCUUAAUGCUUCGCGAUGUCUUUGGACAAGAAAACUACUCUGAAGGUUCUAAAGGCAAUAUCGCGGUGGAGUUCUAUAGGGACCUCUUUAUGAGCUCAAAUCCGAUGGACAUGGAACCUCUGUUUGUAGGAUUUCCGGUUAAGGUGACAGAAACUAUGAACGAGAUGCUUACUAGAGCGGUCACACCAGAAGACAUCAGACGUGCAGCAUUUGGAGUUAAAGGUGACAGCGCACCUGGUGAGGAUGGACUAACAUGUCAUUUCUAUCAGCGGUACUGGCAUAUUGUUGGUCCCAAGAUUAUUCAAGCAGUUCAGGGCUUCUUCCUCGCAGCUAUCAUGCCUGAUGGAUGGAACCAUACUCAGUUAAGCUUGCUGCCAAAAGUCCCCAACCCAUCGGAGAUGACUGAUAUGCGCCCCAUCAGUCUAUGUUCUGUCCAAUAUAAGAUCAUAUCUCGUAUCUUGUGUGAUAGGCUUAAGAAGGUUCUACCAGACAUAGUCUCUGACACUCAGGGAGCCUUUGUAGCAGGUCGACUGAUAACAUACAACAUCAUAGUUGCUCAUGAGAUGGUCCAUGGACUACGUACCAAUAAGAAAGUGGGAGAGACAUCUAUGGCUAUCAAGACUGAUAUGUCGAAAGCUUAUGACAGAGUAGAAUGGAACUUUGUGGAGAUUUUAUUGGAAAAAAUGGGAUUUGCAAGAGAUUGGAUCAGAUGGGUUAUGGCUUGUAUAAGUUCAGUCUCCUAUGCAGUUCUGCUCAACGGUCAGUCCCACGGUUUCAUUAGACCAGAAAGAGGAAUAAGGCAGGGAGACCCGUUGUCUCCUUUCCUGUUUAUUCUUUGUACAGAAGCUUUAGUCAAUGUACUAAACCAAUCGGAAACACAAGGAAAGCUACAUGGCAUCAAACUAUCGUCGAGUUGUCCAGCAGUUCACCACUUGUUGUUUGCUGAUGAUAGUCUUCUAAUGUGUGAUGCUACGGUCUGUGAGAGUGAAGAGAUCAAAAGCUGUCUCAAACUCUAUGGUGAUGCCUCCGGUCAGGUUAUCAACACAUCUAAAUCUUCUAUCAUCUUUGGCUCGGGGAUCAGUCAACAACAGAAGACGGAGAUUCAUGAAGCUCUAGACAUCAUGAAGGAAGGUGGUGAAGGGACUUAUUUGGGGCUUCCAGAAUGCUUCAAGGGAUCCAAGAAAGACCUUUUCAACUUCAUCAAAGAGAGGCUAGAAGGUAGACUUCAAGGUUGGUAUACGAAAACACUUUCUAUGGGAGCCAAAGAAGUUUUAAUCAAGUCUGUCGCUCUUGCUUUGCCUAUAUAUGCAAUGUCGGUCUUUCAAUUGCCGAAGGAACUCGUCGCGCGGCUUACUAGUGUCAUUGUUGAGUACUGGUGGAGCAGCGGUGACAAGAAGAGAAAAAUCCCCUGGGUAGCAUGGCAGAAACUGUGUAAACCGAAGGAUCAAGGGGGUAUGGCUUUUCAUGACAUCGGAAGGUUCAACCAAGCUUUGCUUGGUAAGCAAGCGUGGAGAAUAUGGAGCCGUCCAAAUUCUCUAGUGGCAAGGUAUACUACAUGGGAGAGAACUACUGAAACAAGGAUUAUAGCUAUAGGGAAUGGUGUACAUUCCAAUGUCUGGGUGGAGAACUGGAUAAUUUAUGGGAUCCCUAGACCACCUAUGUAUAGAGAGGAUAGAGAAGUGAACCUUGCAUUGAAAGUCGCAGACCUGCUCGAGGUUAGCACGGGAAGGUGGAACAGAGAGCUAGUCUAUGAGACCUUCGCCCCGAGUGAUGCAGACCGCAUAAUGCUGCUGAAGCCAUUGAUGAAUAGAGAGGAUUCAAUCAUCUGGGGUUUCACUAAAAACGGCAUCUACAUCACACGCAGUGGUUAUCACCUGACUGAAACUCUAGUAGCGCUGCAAGCCCCUGACAACUGUGUUAUUCCCCCUGUUGAAAAGAAGUUAUGGAGCAACAUCUGGAAGAUCAAAGCCCCGUCUAAGCUUAAGCACUUCUUUUGGAGAUCUCUAUCAGGUGCUUUAGCGGUUAAAGAGAGACUACAAACCAGAGGGAUCCAAAUCGAUGCGACUUGUCAAAGUUGCGGAGCAGGGACCGAAUCUAUUUUCCAUGUCCUUUUCCUAUGCAACAAAGCACAACAGAUGUGGGAACUCGCUAAUAUACCAAUACCUCCAGCUGGUUUUUCUGCAAACUCUGUGUUCCUAAACAUCUAUCACCUAGUAGGAGUUAUGAACAACAGCAGACUGGAAAUGAGUAUUAGACGGGCUGUUCCAUGGGUUCUGUGGCAGAUUUGGAAAGCCAGGAACUCUUUGGCUUUCAAAAACACAUCCUUGUCUCCCAGACAAGCUGUUAGGACGGCCUUUGAGGAGGCGGAACUUUGGUUCUUAGCUAACUCUCCCCAAAGAGAUUCCGAACCAACCCCGACCGUCAAGACCUGGAUCAAACCGCCUAUUGGUACACUCAAAUGUAACGUAGGUUCCUCCUGGGUCUGUGCUCAGAGAAAUUGCGGAGCUGCUUGGAUCCUAAGGGAUCCCCAAGGACGAACGGUGGCUCAUAGCAGAAGAUCUUAUUCAGCAAUAAACUCAGGCAAAGAAGCUCACAUCACUGCUCUACUUUGGGAGGUUGAGAGCAUGCAUAACAUGAGGCAAAAUAACAUCAUCUUCGAGACCUCAACAGAAGAUACAAGAGAGAUAAUGUUAUCUUCAUCCGUUUCCCCCAGCCUCCAUUACCUUACAUCUCAAAUCACUGCCUUGCUUCACAAGUUUGAGGACUGGAGUCUUGAUCAUGCAAACUACAAACCAGAGGGAUCCAAAUCGAUGCGACUUGUCAAAGUUGCGGAGCAGGGACCGAAUCUAUUUUCCAUGUCCUUUUCCUAUGCAACAAAGCGCAACAGAUGUGGGAACUCGCUAAUAUACCAAUACCUCCAGCUGAUUUGGAAAGCCAGGAACUCUUUGGCUUUCAAAAACACAUCCUUGUCUCCCAGACAAGCAGUUAGGACGGCCUUUGAGGAGGCGGAACUUUGGUUCUUAGCUAACUCUCCCCAAAGAGAUUCCGAACCAACCCCGACCGUCAAGACCUGGAUCAAACCGCCUAUUGGUACACUCAAAUGUAACGUAGGUUCCUCCUGGGUCUGUGCUCAGAGAAAUUGCGGAGCUGCUUGGAUCCUAAGGGAUCCCCAAGGACGAACGGUGGCUCAUAGCAGAAGAUCUUAUUCAGCAAUAAACUCAGGCAAAGAAGCUCACAUCACUGCUCUACUUUGGGCGGUUGAGAGCAUGCAUAACAUGAGGCAAAAUAACAUCAUCUUCGAGACCUCAACAGAAGAUACAAGAGAGAUAAUGUUAUCUUCAUCCGUUUCCCCCAGCCUCCAUUACCUUACAUCUCAAAUCACUGCCUUGCUUCACAAGUUUGAGGACUGGAGUCUUGAUCAUGCAACUGAUGAACGUAAUGUAGCAGCGAACAUGAUUGCAGGGUCGGUUACAACGGGCCACCGGUACCAAUCAUACAUAGCCUCGCAAGGUCCAGCCUGGCUCUACUCUUUGUUAUCUCGUGAAGCUAGAGGUUAA